ACGUCUAAAGUUUCUACAACAGGAAGCGUCACUGUGCUAAAAACAUUAGAGGAGGAAAGCACAACAAAGCCCGAAUGAACUAGAAACGGACGAAAUGUUACCGUUUAAGAAACGUUGUAGUUAAUGUGUUCAAGAUCUGUUUAUGUUUUAAGUUUACAAUCUAUAGAAAGUAUUUAGUUGAUCGCUAUCCAUUUUGAGAAGUCUAAUUUCCGAGCUUGCGUCACUAGCAGCCGUCGAUAGCUGUGCUAACCAAAAUGGAUGACAGCAAGAUGGUGGGAGGUAAGGUUAAGAAACCCGGUAAACGAGGCCGUAAACCUGCUAAAAUCGACUUAAAAGCGAAGUUGGAAAGGAGUCGGCAGAGCGCCCGGGAGUGCCGCGCAAGGAAGAAGCUGCGGUAUCAGUACCUGGAGGAGCUCGUGUCCAGCAAGGAGAGGGCAAUCUGUGCCCUGCGAGAGGAGCUAGAGAUGUAUAAACAGUGGUGUACAGCCAUGGACCAGGGGAAGAUCCCUUCUGAGAUAAAGGCUCUGCUGACAGGAGACGAACAGAAGGCGCCUCAAAGCUCUUCCACCAAAAGCUCUAAGAACAACAAGAACAACAACCAAAGCUAAUAUGUUGGAGAAUCCAUAUCAGACAGUUUGUACCAAGAGCCAGGCUUGAGCUAGACGGACUGUCAGUUAGCCAUAGAUUUGAUAUUUUCAUGAAAAAGUAGUUUCUAUUGAGAUGGCAGAUCUGGGUUGUAAGUAUUAAGGCACAACGUAGCUGCAUUUUGGAUAUGUUGAGCAACGGAAAACAAAAACCAGGUUAAUUGGAAAACUUAAAUUAGUCUCCCUAUCUGCUUGUUCUGUGCCUUGAUGAUACAACCUGGAAAUCGCCUGUCAGUGGGGUAGUUCUAGAACCGCGCUAGGCUGUCUUGGAAGGUUCUAGAACAGAGCUAGGCGUUCUGCUGAAAGGUUCUGAAACAGAGGUAGGCAUUUUGCCAGACCACUCCAUUAUAAGGCCUCUGCCUGUAGGUGGAGUGAUUUUGUGUUGAAUGUCUUAAUGGUCAGUCCGUUUCCCUGUGCCCCCUCAUGGAGACACUGCCUGCAGAACUGCCAGACUUUAUCUACUGGGAAUGAAAUAAUAAAUUCACUUAGGAAUUCAGAUAAAUAUUUCUUAUUUUUUACAGCUGUAAUCCAUAUGGCCAUAUGAUAACGCUUUGUACACUAAUCACAUAAGUUAAUGUUCUGAAAGUGAAGAUCUUAUAAGUUCCAGACAUCUACACAUAGGCAGCUUCAGACAGCUUGGAUUAAUAUUGACUUAUCCUCCUUCUGUAGUACAUUCUUUACAUUUUAUUGUCUCAAUAUUUUAGCGUCUGAAUGUUAGGGUUCGGGAAGCGUUUUGAAUAUGUCAGAGGAGAACAGUGAAGAGCUUGGACUGGACCAAUGCAUGGGACCCCACUUCCUGUUCUCACCAAAACAAAGCUUGGUAAAAGGAAUUACCUUUAUUUGGAUUUAUUGCUGAUUCUGACACAUUGUGUGCCCCUCUAAAUAUAAAUGCUGUGUCCAUAGGCUCCUAUUCCCUGUAUAGCCUAGGGUCCUGGCAGUGCACUUGAUAAGGAGUGCCAUUUUGGCCAGAGCCUUGUCAGGGAAUCAUGGCAGACAAAGGUUAACGUGCCUGUAGUGAUGAUGGUGAUAUGAUGAUGAUGUAAUGAUAUAGAAGUCUUGAUAUGUUUGAUGGAUACAUGUUGGAUUUAUUUUUUUAUUUAUAUUUUUUAUGGAUCACAGAAAGCACUUUUUGCAGGUUUUGUAGUGUGUUGUUGAAUGUAUAGCAGGUUUAACAGAGAGAUGUUAUUUGAUGUUUUGUAAAGAUGCUGUUUUGUAAAGAUGUUAUAGUUUUGUGUGAAAUACUAGCAAUGAUGACAUGACCUUAAAGAAUAGUGUUGAAGAAUUGCUCCACUUUGUUGUUUCUUUUUAAAGUUACAAUGAAUCCAAAGGAUCACAGAUCAAGGACAUGGCUGCUUCUUUCUAUUUCCAUAAUGUGAGCAACCUUCUAAAAUAUAGCAGCCUGCACCUGUUGUUAACUAAUGAUCAUUGACUUAUCCUCCUUCUGUAGGAUUAAUUACCAAGCACUUAUACAUGAAUCUUCAAUCACACACUUACCUGUGUUGUGCAGCCUCAACAACCCAAAUUCUAAACCCAAUAGAAUGUUUUGUAGGACCAAGCUGCACGUGUGUGUGCGUGCGUGUGCGCGUGUAUGCACCUGCCCUUGGUUUCUGGAGAGAGGAGAAAUGUUAAACUGAAGUUGUUCAAUGUAAUAAAGUAGACAUAUACAAAACA